AUGGCUCGUACUAAGCAAACUGCUCGUAAAAGUACCGGAGGAAAAGCUCCUAGAAAACAACUUGCCACGAAAGCUGCUCGUAAGUCAGCCCCAGCUACAGGAGGUGUAAAAAAACCUCAUCGUUAUAGACCUGGUACUGUAGCUUUGCGUGAAAUCCGACGUUAUCAAAAAUCUACUGAACUUUUGAUCCGCAAGUUGCCUUUUCAACGCCUUGUCCGUGAAAUUGCACAAGACUUUAAAACAGACUUACGUUUCCAAUCUAGCGCUAUUGGUGCUCUCCAAGAAGAACGUUUUACCAUCUCGUCUAUUUAUCCGUCAAAUCAUGAUCAAAAAUUGCAUCAAGAAAUUCAAACCCUGUUCUAUUACAACUGUCGCUUUCGAGAUCUUACACAAACUCUUACAUUUUAUUCCCCUCCUCCUAACACCCCUUCCGAAGAGUCUACAUCAUCCUACAACCUAAAUAAAUACUUGGGUAGAAUCGGAAAAGGUUAUGUAAAACUGGCUUCCGGUAUGAGAUUAUUGUGCAUUUUUCAGCAAAGUUCUCAACACCUUUUUGUUGUUUGUAAACUGACUGGCCUUGUUGGAUUUAUAUCAGUAGAAUUUCUAUAUGCUUGGUACCGAAAUAGAUAUAAUGAACGUCUUCUUAACAAGACUGUGGAAAAGGGCACUCGGCCUAGUGUGUAUAGAAGCAGGAACCGGUGA